AUGAAAGUAUUCACAGACGGGUCGAAACUGCCUGAUGGUAUGGCAGGUGCUGGGUUUGCUUUAUACCAGACAGGAAGACUCUGUCACCAAUCAUCCUUUUCCCUCGGACCAAACAAAGAAGUUUUCGAUGCCGAAGCUGAAGCAGCUCUUGCUGGUAUCAAAGCAGCCAUACAGGCGUACACCGCACGCUUUGCCACUGACCUCUGGGUCUGCCUAGACAACCUGGAAGUAGCCACCCGCCUGCUCUCACCCUUUACGGGGUCAUCCCAAGAAGUUUUUGAGACCUUCCGAACCCUGGCCUCGACCUGGCCCGAGCGAGAGAGGUUCUCCUAUACAAAGGAGGGCUCCGUACGUAUCUGCUGGGUCCCCGGACAUGCAAAGGUCCCUGGGAAUGAAGAAGCCGACCAAGCUGCAAAAAGGGGAGCUGCCUCAGAACCCCCUGUUUCCCCUAUUUACUCUUUUGCCUCGCUUAAGCGUCGCACCAAGGCUGCUGUAACCUCUGGCCUGCAAAGGCACUGGCAGGCCGCGGCUCCGAAGUCAUACCAGGAUCUUUGGAUCACCUCCUCCCCCAGGUGCCCGGAUGAGCUGCGCCUCCCACGCCAUGUUCUCGCGCGGAUCCUGGCAGCUCGCACAGGGCACGGUGAUUUUGCAGACUACCAUGAGCGGUUCAAUCAUGAAGACGCACAUCUAUAUUGCCGGUGUGGAGCCAGGAAGUCUCCAGUUCACUUCUUCUUCUGCCGAGUAGCUAAGAGACGCAUACCCCGACCCUCAGGGCCUCCCUCAGAGACGAUUCCCUUCCUCCUGGGAACCCCACAAGGUGCAGCCAAACUGGCUGCCUGGCUAGCAGAAACCCGAUUCUUUGAUGACAUCUGUCUAAGUCGGCCCCUGCUUGAGAAUGCCUGA